CGCCGCUGCAGGAGCCGCCGUGGUGGUGCCGAGCGGGGCCCGGAGCCGGGCCGGCGGGGGCCGGGGCUCCCUGCACCUCCUCCCGCCAUGCGCCAGGGAAGUCCGGGGAGUCGGGUCCCCCUCGAGCCCGACCCCGGGCCCCCGGCGCCCCCCAACCCCUUCGUGCACGAGCUGCGCCUCUCCCGCCUCCAGAGAGUGAAGUUCUGCUUCCUGGGGGUGCUGCUGGCCCCCGUCCGCGUGCUGCUGGCCUUCAUCGUCCUCUUUCUCCUCUGGCCUUUUGCAUGGCUGCAAGUAGCAGGUCUGACCGAAGAGCAGCUUCAGGAGCCAAUUACAGGAUGGAGGAAGACAGUGUGUCACAACGGUGUGCUGGGCCUGAGCCGCCUGCUCUUCUUCCUGCUGGGCUUCCUUCGGAUUCGAGUUCGAGGCCAGAGGGCCACUCGCCUUCAAGCCCCUGUCCUGGUGGCUGCUCCACACUCCACUUUCUUUGACCCCAUUGUUCUUCUGCCCUGUGACCUGCCCAAGGUGGUGUCACGAGCAGAGAACCUGUCGGUGCCUGUCAUUGGAGCCCUUCUUCGAUUCAACCAAGCCAUCCUUGUGUCGAGGCAUGACCCAGCCUCUCGUCGCCGCGUGGUGGAGGAGGUCCGGAGGCGGGCCACCUCGGGAGGCAAGUGGCCUCAGGUUCUUUUCUUUCCUGAAGGUACCUGUUCCAACAAGAAGGCUUUGCUUAAAUUCAAGCCAGGGGCCUUCAUUGCAGGGGUACCUGUGCAGCCUGUCCUCAUCCGUUACCCCAACAGUCUGGAUACCACCAGCUGGGCAUGGAGAGGCCCUGGAGUACUCAAAGUCCUCUGGCUCACGGCGGCCCAGCCCUGCAGCAUCGUGGAUGUGGAGUUCCUCCCUGUGUACCAGCCCAGCCCUGAGGAGAGCAGAGAUCCCACCCUGUAUGCCAACAAUGUCCAGAAGGUCAUGGCACAGGCUCUGGGCAUUCCAGCCACUGAAUGUGAGUUUGUAGGGAGCUUGCCUGUGGUUGUGGUAGGCCGACUGAAGGUAGCAUUGGAGCCACAGCUCUGGGAACUGGGCAAGGUGCUUCGGAAGGCUGGGCUGUCCCCUGGCCAUGUGGACACCGAGGCAGAGCCAGGCAGGAGUCGGAUGAUCAGCCAGGGGGAGUUUGCCAGGCAGCUUCAGCUCUCGGACCCUCAGACGGUGGCUGGUGCCUUCAGCUACUUCCAGCAGGAUGCCCAGGGUUUGGUGGACUUCCGCAACGUUGCUUUGGCACUAGCGGCUCUGGAUGGGAGCAGGAGUCUGGAGGAGCUGAUUCGUCUAGCUUUUGAGCUUUUUGCUGAAGAGCAGGCAGAGGGAUCUGGUCGCCUGUUGUAUAAAGAUGGUUUCAGCACUAUCCUGCACCUGCUGUUAGGCUCACCCCGCCCUGCUGCCUCCACUCUGCAUGCCGAGCUGUGCCAGCCAGGACCCAGCCAGGGCCUCUCCCUCUAUCAGUUCCAGAAAUUCUCCCUUCAUGACCCUCUCUACGGGAAGCUCUUCAGCACCUACCUGCGCCCCCCAUGCACUCUCCGAAGCAUCUCCCAGAUUCCAAAUGCCUCACCCCCAGGCAGCCCCACUGCCCUGGCCAACGGGACUGUGCAAGCACCCAAGCCCAAGGGCGAGUGAGUGCCUGGGCCUCCCCCACGCCUCUCCACGAGUGCCCCUGCUGCCCACCCCUUCCACCUCGGCUCACCUCCAGCCCCGCACUCAGGACAGCGCCGGGGGCCUAACCCUAUGCUGUAAUCCCAUCUCUGCUCUGGUUUGUUUUUUGUUAUCAAUGUUUGUUAUUUUAAGUUGAUUUUAAUUUUUUGUA